GCCUUGUUUAUCCAGAAAAGAAAGUAAGAGUUAGUGGCUUAGUAGUUAAGAAAGAUGGGAACUAAAUUACUGUUAAUGUUAGUGAUGAUGGUGCUAAAUGAAUGGUAUUGUUUAGGGUGUUGGGAGGAAGAGAGGGUUGCUCUUUUGAACCUCAAAGCAAAUAUAAACUUCCCGAGUGGGGAAGCCCUGCCUUCGUGGGUGGAUAAUGAAACUGCAGCUGAUUGUUGUCAAUGGGAACAAGUUCAAUGCAGCAACAUCACUGCACGAGUAAUCCAACUUAAUCUUUAUUUCGCCAGGAUUCGAAGAUUAGGAGAUUGGUAUUUAAAUGCCUCUCUAUUUCUUCCUUUUAAGGAGCUCAUAAAUCUCUCUUUAGAGGGGAUAAUUUAGUAGGAUGGAUUGAAAAUGAAGGUAUUGAUAGAUUAUCAAAGUUGAGAAAUUUGGAAGCUCUUGAUCUGAGUAGCAAUUUUUUUGAUCGUAAAAUUUUGUCAUCUCUUAGUCGGCUUUCUUCUCUCAAAUAUCUGGGAUUUGGAUACAACUCAUUGAGGAGAAAGAAUUACAGCAAUAGCCAUGAAAGACUCUUCGGAUUAAACAAGCUUGAAGUUCUUGAUUUCAUGGGUAAUGAUGAUAUUACCAAUGGCGACAUUCUAUCGGUGCUAAAUUUAAAUGAUUUUAUCAAUUUGAAGAAGCUCGACCUAAGUGACAAUCAAUUUAGAAGCUCGGGUACCAUUUAUGGUCCAAAAUAUUUGAAGGUCCUUAAUUUACAAUCAAAUAGCUUUGAUAAUCACAUUUUCUCCUCGCUUCAAGGGUUAUCAUCACUCACGUCUCUAGAUCUCUCUUGGAAUGAACUAAAAGGGACCAUCGAAAUGAAAUAUUUACAUGCUUUGAGUAAUUUGGAGGAGCUUGAUCUAAGCAAUAAUGAGAUCGACAACUUCACAACUCCAAUAGACAUCAGAAGUAUGCCUAGUCUCCAAGUGCUAAAAUUAGAUGACGUAAGUGUCUCCAACAUUAGCAACAUGGUGCAAUCUUUGAGGGUAUUCUCAUACCUCAAGCACUUCUAUUUCCGGAACAAUUAUAUAAAUGGAAACAUUGGACCUUAUGAGUUGAGACAUUUAAGAAGCCUGGAGAGGUUGUUCUUGGAUAAUUCUGCUGUGGGUGGAAACUUUCUACAAGGUAUUGGAGCAACGACAUCCCUAAAGAUUUUAUCUUUGACUAAAUGCGGACUCAAUGGCACCCUUCCCGUCCGAGGAUGGUGUGAACUUAAAAACCUCCAAGAGUUAAAUCUGAGUUGGAACGAGUGUGAAGGAAUACUCCCUUCAUGUGUUGCAAAUAUGACAUCUCUUAGAUUAAUUGACCUUUCUCACAAUAAGUUGACUGGAAAUAUUGCCUCCUCUCCACUUUCCAAGCUCACAUCGCUAGAAUAUCUCUCCAUAUCAAGUAACAACUUUAAAGUUCCAAUUUCUUUCAAGACAUUCUUUAAUCAUUCAAAUUUUAAGUUUAUAUUUUUGGAAAACAAUGAAAUAAUAAAUGAAAACGGGUUAGGAAAUUGGGUUCCAAAUUUUCAGCUGGAAGUUUUUAGUAUGUCGAAUUCUAGUGGAUGUCCAACACUACCCAACUUCUUUUAUUAUCAAUCCAACUUGAGAAUUCUUUAUCUCCCAAAGAACAACAUUCAAGGGAAUUUUCCAACUUGGUUGUUAGAGAACAACACAAGAUUUAGGGGAUUUUACCUGAGGGAUAAUGCUUUUACAGGACCUCUCAAGUUGCCAACAAACACCAAUACUGACAUGGAGACUUUCGAUGUAUCUAAUAAUAAGUUAAGUGGACAUAUUCCGACUAAUAUAGCUUCAGUUUUUCCAAAUUUGGUUGCAUUAAACAUGUCAACAAAUAUGUUUGAUGGGUGUGUACCUUCUAGUUUUGGUGGUUUAAAAUCUGUAAAAUACAUAGAUUUGUCAGCCAAUAACUUGUCAGGCAUGAUGCCGCAAGAAUUAGUUGUGGGAUGCUUUUCCUUGUUUUUUUUCAAGAUAUCAGAUAAUAAAUUGCGAGGACAAAUAUUUCCAGAAUCUACCAACCUACCGAGCUUGAAAUAUUUAUAUCUGGAGAACAAUGAGUUCUCGGGCACUAUACCAAGUAGCUUGUCUACCAGCCCUCUAGUAGUGUUAGACAUUAGUAACAACCAUUUUUCUGGCAGAAUUCCCUCAUCAAUGGGUAAUAUGACAAGAUUGGAGCAAGUUUCUAUGUCUAAUAAUCAGCUCGAGGGUCCAAUCCCGGUGGAAAUUUGCAAUCUCAAUUCUCUUUUCCUCUUAGAUUUAUCUGAGAACAAGUUAUGUGGUUCGGUCCCAUCUUGCUUCAAUCCAUCAAGCAUAAGUCAUGUCUAUCUGAACAAUAACCAAUUGGAAGGUGAGCUCACAUAUGCAUUUCAUAAUAGCUCUUCUUUGGUGACAUUGGAUCUUAGAAAGAAUAAGUUCACUGGAAGCAUCCCUCAAUGGAUUGGCAAUCUAUCAAGCAUGAGCAUUAUUCUUCUCAGAGAUAACCAUUUUGAAGGUAGAAUCCCUCACCAAUUUUGUGAGAUGAAAAAACUAAGCAUGAUAGACCUUUCUUUUAAUAGUCUUUCGGGUCAAAUUCCGUUUUGCUUCAGUAACUUAACGCUAGAGGUAACCAAGAAGAAGUCUGUAUUGGUUGUGGAAUUUGACAGCUCUUCAAUUUCCUCAUUCAUUUCUUAUAUGGAUAAGGUUGAGUUAGAAAGGGACUAUCACGUGUCUUUCCAAAAAACUGAAGAUUUCAAAUUAACUGAUGUGCCAAUUACAGUGACAUUCGUGACAAAGGGAAAUUCUUAUUCGUACAAAGGUAGCAUCCUCAGUUAUAUGUCAGGAAUUGAUCUCUCUUCUAAUAAAUUACACGGUGAAAUUCCGGAUGGCCUUGGAAAGUUAAGUGAGAUCCAUGCACUCAACUUUUCCCACAACAAUCUUACUGGAACAAUUCCAGCAACUUUCUCAAACUUACUCCAGUUAGAGAGCUUAGAUCUCUCCUAUAACAACUUAGGUGGAAGGAUCCCCACUGGUUUGAGCGAGUUAAAUGCUUUAGCAGUCUUCAGUGUGGCUCAUAACAAUCUAACAGGUAUGAUACCAGAGAAAGGUCAGUUUGGAACCUUUGAUGAAGGUAGCUAUCAGGGAAAUCCUUAUCUUUGUGGUCGUCCAUUACCUGUUGAUUGCACUAGCACUGGACCAAAACCAGUCCUGCCAUCUGCUGAUGAUGAAAGUGAGGAGCAUGGUUUCAUGGACAUGGAGUUCUUCUACAUAAGCUUCGUCAUAUCUUAUAUAUCUGUAGUGCUUUGCAUUCCUACAGUUUUGUAUAUCAAUCCUCAUUGGAGAAGAGCAUGGUUUCAUUUCAUGGAGGUUCAUAUAAUCCAAUUUUGAGGCUGCGUAUAUUCCAAAUUAAGGUACUUGCUAUAAUUCUAUAUGAAAAUCAUUAUACUAAUAUAUCUUUAGGGUUUUGCUAUUAGUCAUGGGCCUUGGACGAACAAGCGCCCCUUAUUGGUUGGACAUCUAUCCCCCUGGAGUGAAAGGACUCAUGUCACUCUACCUAGUGGGCACGAGUUUAUAAUGCCCAUUGUUGACAGGGUAGUGCCACAUCAACUAGUGUUGCCAUGUCAAUGGGUCGACCAACUUUAUUUUAUUUUUUUGAAUUGUCAAAAAUUACAACUUGACCUCUUGAUGUGGCAUUGAAAAUUUAAAAGUUGCAGCUCUGACUUGGUGAUGGGCAUUGCCACGUUAAUGGUGGAUAAAUUUUAUCUUGCCCACUGAAGGCAUGAGCUUUAAAUCUUUAUAAUAUAUCUAAUCAAUCUCGUCGUUUUUCUUCAUUAGGAAGUACCAAAGCAGUUGUAAGCUUGCUUUGAUGUGAGAUGUUGAAGGGUUGAUAUCAUUACAGGUCGUGUAAAUAUUCUUAUCAUUAAGAAUUUAUUAUUUAAGGAAUCUUGUUAUGUACCUGUAUUAGCACUUGAACUCAUUUGGUUUGUAAGUUGUUACUUUUCACAAUAUAAAUUUCAAUUAAUUGAUUGAUGA